GUGGGAGUGAGACAGUUUUGGCCAAGUAUGCAGCUAAGAAAAUACGUUUAAGCUAAGUUUGGCUAAUAUUUUAUUUUCAAUAUAUUAAACGCAAGAUACCUUAUGACCUUUACCUUAUGGGAAAUUAAUCUCUUUUCUUAGUAUGCUGCUAUUUUUUUUCUUUUUAUUUUAAUAUAUAUUUUUAUAAUAUAACAACAACAACAACAACAAAAAAAAGUGAACAGUAGGAAAACAUUCAAAUGACAGUGACCAAUAUCACAAUAACAACGACUAAAACACUUUUCUGAUUAGGAACUACACAUAAAACUACUUUAGUACAACGCAAAACUAGUAUUAUAAAAUGUACAAAUGGGUUAAAGAGGUAGCUACUUAAACGUAAAACGUGAUGCAGAAAUGUUUUAUAUUAUACUGUAGGGUCACAGUUAUUAAAACAUUGUGACAAAUCAUAUAUUUUGCCGACCAUACAAUACUGCAUAUGAAACAUGAAUCUGAAUAACUGUAUGUAAACAUGUAGCUUUCUAAUAAACUAUUUUUUUAUUAUGUACAAAUAAAAUUAGUAGAAGUGUCUUAAGAGGGUGUAGUAAUAAACAUUGUUUGCAGUGUGUGUUGUGUAGCUCCCCCAUGUGGAGAAAGGGACUAAAUAUUAUCGUCUUCUUCACCUCCAUGCUCGGGUUUCUUCCACUAGGAGGGAGCAAAGUCAUUUAGUUUAUGCUGCGUUUAAGUGUAGUCGGAAAUCUUGAGUACAAGUCAAACAAGCGUCUUCGUGAAGUUAAAAAAAAAAAAACAGCACUUGUAUAGAGUGCAGUUAUUCACUACCACCAAGAUAUUCUCCUCUAUUGCUUUUCUGAAGAAGAACCGUCGGGAUGUGUUUGGUUUUGGCAGUCUUUUGUUGGAAAAAUGAUAAACAAUAAAAUGCAGUAAACAAUACAAUUCCCUUUUCCAUUCACAUUUUAUACAAAUGAACGUGUGUCUUUUCGGCAUGUGUGCCGAGCAGAUUGUGUUGGGUUUUUUUUUUGUUUGUUUUUUUUGUUUGUUUGAUUUUUGGAGCUCGUGUGCUUUGGUACAAUGUUACAGAAGGAAAACAAGAAAUAGUCCCAAGUAGUUCGACCCCUUUGUUCUUGAAGUGUCCAGCCAGCUGAGGUGGGACCGCCCUGCACAUUUUGCCUCGUACUGCCCCUCUGUGCAGCUGCGGUGCAGCCCCUCCGGAGGGAGGAGAAGUCUGAUUAAACGCCAGUUUUAUUGCGUUGUCAUGUUUCACAAGGAGUUCAGAAACUCCGAGACCGUCUGACAACACCAUUUAAUGGAUGCUCCUAAAGCCUGAGUCCGGAGUCUUCUUUUAUUUCUUGCUUCCCAACCUCGCUUUUCCUUGAGUGUUGCUUGUGAUUUUUGGUUGUCCGUUUUUUUUUCUUUUUUUUUUUUCAUGAGUGAACGUCUCCGUUUGUGCCUUUUGUAGUGGUGCAAAUUCUGUUGUUGGUGGUCUGUCAAGAUGCAGUUCCGCACUGUCCUUGACGUUAAUGUUGUGGACGUGCAGAAGAGAAGGAAUCCAUCCAAACACUAUGUGUACCUAAUAAACGUCACUUACUCCGACUCCACUUCCCACGUGAUCUACAGGAGAUACAGUAAAUUUUUUGAUCUGCAGAUGCGAAUCCUCGACAAAUUCCCAAUCGAAGGAGGACAGAAGGACCCCAAAAAGAGAAUCAUCCCUUUUUUGCCAGGUAAAGUCUUGUUUCGCCGCAGUCACAUAAGAGAUGUAGCCGUCAGAAGGCUGAAACACCUGGAUAAUUACUGCAAAGCUCUGAUGAAACUUCCCUCCCAUAUUUCCCAAAGUGAGGAGGUCCUUAAGUUCUUUGAGACCAAGUCAGAAGAUCUCAACCCUCCCUCAGAAGACUGCGGAGGCUCGGGCAGACGAAAAUCAGGUCUGGAUGCUUCGGACCCCAUGCUCCUGGAACAGUAUGUGGUGGUGGCCAGUUACGAGAAACAAGAGCCUGCAGAAAUCAGUCUCCAAGCAGGCGAGGUGGUCGACGUCAUUGAAAAGAGCGAGAGUGGGUGGUGGUUUGUCAGCACUGCAGAGGAGCAGGGUUGGGUCCCCGCCACCUAUCUCAACUCCCACAGCGGCACACGGGAUGACUUGGAGCUCGGCGCCUCUAAAGCCGGGGAAGUUACUAAGCGACAUAAGGCUCAUCUGAAGAGGCUGGACCGGAGAUGGACGUUGGGUGGCGUCAUCAGCAGGCAGCAGAGCCGAGAAGAGAAGUAUGUAACUGUGCAGCCUUACUCCAGCCAGGGGAAGGACGAAAUUGCUUUUGAGAAAGGAGUCACAGUGGAAGUGAUUCAGAAGAACUUGGAAGGCUGGUGGUUUAUCAGGUACCAGGAUAAGGAGGGCUGGGCUCCUGCCUCUUACCUCAAAAAGGUGAAGGAUGACUUUUCCCCCAGGAAGAAGACGGUGACAGGCCCCGUCGAGAUCAUCGGAAACAUCAUGGAGAUCAGCAAUCUGCUUAACAAGAAAGCUCUGAGCGAGAAGGAUGUGCAGACUGAAGGCGUCCCGGAGAGCCCCCAGGUCGGCAGGAAGGAGAUCAGCUUGCCGAUCCCCUGCGCUGACUCCAGCCCUGUCAAUGCCCCGCAGGAUGGAAAAAGCAAAGCAGAGCCGCCAUCACCCGCUAUAGCCCGCAUUGCCCCACAUCGAGUGGAAAUCGGUUCUCCCGUUCUCAGGCAAAAACCUCCUCCUCGGAGGGAUGCAACUCUGGGAUUUCAGUUGCCCUCCCCACCAGAGCCCCCUACAGUUGAAGCAGAGUAUUACACCAUUGCAGACUUCCAGUCCUGUAUAUCUGAUGGCAUCAGUUUCAAUGGAGGACAAAAAGCAGAGGUCAUUGAGAAGAACUCUGGUGGCUGGUGGUACGUCCAGAUAGGAGAGAAAGAGGGCUGGGCUCCCUGCUCCUACAUUGACAAACGAAAAAAGCCUAACCUGAAUCGUAGGACAAGCACUCUGUGCCGCCCAAAAGUUCCACCUCCAGCUCCACCUGUCAAAAAACAGGACUCGGUGGAGACAGCGCCGCCCAGCAGCCCUGGGUCUGAGGCCCCAGAAUCUCCUGUGUCUCCUGGGAGGCCGGUGUAUGAAGAACCAGAAUAUGAUGUCCCUGCCAUCGGUGAUCUGGACAUGGAGUCUGAGUUUGAGUUUUUGAGGGGAGUAGGUUCCUUGGUGGAUGGAAAGAAUGAGGACACUUCCUCUGAGAGGGGAUCUCAUUUGUCCUCCAAACCUUCUCCAGCCUCAUCCCUCCACAGUGCCUCCUUCAAGAUGGGUGAGUCAUUUGAAGACAGCCACGAGGCGGAGGGGGAGCCAGAGGGAGAGGAAGAGUGUAUCUAUGAGAAUGAUGGCUUCCGGCCAUUCAGGGAGACCCCAGAGAGGCAGUGCAGCAGGGAUUCAAAUUCUUCUAAGACAAGUGUCCUGUCAGAAACUGGCAAGACUGCAAACGCAGCACCGGGUGGAUGGAGAUCUGCAGGCAUCAAGCUCAAGAUCGACUUGAACGGGAGCCCAUUUUCAGCCAAAGUUGAGGAGGCAUCCAGUCCUAAAUCUGCCUGUACUGAGUCCACCCCAGAUUUGUCCAGACACAAGAAAGAACAGGAUGAAAGCAAGGCACCCUCUUCUACCAAGUCCUCCAGUAAGCUCAGACCCGUGGUGAGGCCCAAACCACAGCUAGCCAAGGCGUCCAGUGCAGAGAAGAUGGACAUCAGCACCUUGAGAAGACAGCUGAGACCAACAGGGCAGCUGAAGAAUGGCACCAAAGCUAAGGGUGAGGAUUCAGAGACAGCUUCAGUCAUUUCCUCUGAGGACUCCUUCUCUUCUCAAAGCACAUCCGAUCUCUCCUCCAUCUAUUCCAAAGGCAGUCGGGGAGACUCUGACCUGGAAGGCUGCUGCCUGUAUCGCACCACAGAUCCCUAUGAGAAAGUCCAAGAGUCUGAGCUCAGCUUCCCUGCUGGAGUGGAGGUGGAAGUGCUGGAGAAGCAGGAGAGCGGCUGGUGGUAUGUUCGUUGGGGAGAUACCGAGGGUUGGGCUCCAACUUACUUCCUGGAGCCCGUCAGACAACAAGAUGAUAUGGCAGGGUCUGAAUCUGAUGGCACCCCGACUAAACCUGGAAGCCUCAGCAAGUCCAACAGCCUGGAGAAAAACGAACAAAGGGUGCGAGCGUUGAACAACAUCAACCAAAACCUGAAGAAAGUCACCCCACCCAUCCCCUCCAAGCCUCCAGGUGGCCUCUCCAAACCUACCAGCCUGUUUGGUUCACUCAAACAGAACAGCACCAAACAGCAGCAGGUUGUCAGACCUCAAUCUGUCUUCAUCUCAGCCCCAAUCAGGGAUGGUCCCAGCCCUGUUGGCUCUCUCAGGAGAAACGAGUCCCUCAACUCAACAGACCACCCACGCGUCAGCCCCACGGUGCGGCGCAAUGCCUCCUUUGGCACCGUGCCACGCAACCUGGCACAAAACAACGUAGCACUCUCCAACAGGAACAGAUCUGGUACCGGUAGCUCUGAAUCCCUCGGUCUCAGCUCCCAGAAGAAUGCCCUCCCUGUGUCCACAGUGAAACCAAAGCCCCACAUCAUCCACAACAACCUCAGAGAGGUGUAUGUCUCCAUAGCAGAUUACCAUGGCGACGAGGAGACCAUGGGGUUUCCUGAGGGGACGAGUCUGGAGGUUCUUGAAAGAAACCCCAAUGGCUGGUGGUACUGCAAGGUUCUUGACAAUGGCAGACCAAGGAAAGGAUGGGUUCCCUCAAAUUACCUCGAGAAAAAGCACUAGCACUCGUGUGUGGAGCUGGCGCAACUCUGAACAUACAAGUAAAGACUACUCUCACGUUUGUUUUGUGAAAAACCCUUGGACAUCAAGUCAGGAUUGAAAUCUCACCCGGUACCUUAGCCACAACAAGCAGCCAGACCAAAUUUUAGCUUUAAGAUGAAGGAACACAUUUGUCCAAAUGAGUCUACACGACACAGUGCCUGAGACUUUACAUUAGGAGCAGUACGUUGGGACAAGUCCAAGGAGAACACCAGAAAGUUAAGGAAUGAUUCAAUGAUAUUCUCCAGCAAUUUGCCUUUAACUUGAAAUAAUACGUCAUUUUGUGUCUACUCCUUGAACCCUUUUCUGUAAUUUUGUAAUGUAAUUUUUAAACACUUUUUUUUUUAAGAAUUUAAAGCUUACUGCAUGUUCGAUUUCUUAUACUGACGAUGCCUUGAGCUGUUGAAGUUAAAACCUUUACUCCUCCUUUCCUUGAAGAAAAUCUCCGUUGUCGCCAAAGCUGCUUUGUGUUAGUCUCAUCUUGGUGCUGCAUGUUUUUUUUUAUAUAUAUCUUUAUACUGUAUGUCACUUUUACGUGAAGUAUUUUAUCCAUUUAAUUGUGUAAUAAUGUCCUAAUGAAACAAUUUGUGAGCAUCUCUUAUUAUCAGUAUUUUCUUGCCCUUAAAGAAAAAGAGCUCCACUUUUUUUCGCCCAUUUCAGGGACUAAUUGUCCAAAAUGAAAAUUUCCCUAAUGUUAGUGAAAAUAAUAUUUAUUCAUUACUUUAAUAUCAUAUUAAUACUUAUUUUAUUAUUAUUGCUUUUCUGACUGAAAAAUGAAACCAAUCACAGCAGCUGCAACAUUUCUAAACUAAGCUGCUUUAUUAAUCAUAACAUUUUGAAUUUCUGCUGGGCAGUAAAUUUGACACAACUCUUUUCUUUUUGGGAUGCUCACUUUUGUUUUAUGUUAACUGUGUGGUAAGUGCCAAAAGAAUGACUUUAAUAAAUGCACUUUUGAACAA